GUGAUUAUGCUGGUUUCCCUGGAUGUGGCUUGCUCAGGCUGCACAGCACCUACCGUCAUGAUCUCAAGAUCUAUGCCUCAGAUGAGGGUCGAGUUCAGAUGACAGCAGCAGCUUUUGCAAAGGGUCUGUUGGCCCUGGAAGGAGAGCUGACCCCCAUCCUGGUGCAAAUGGUGAAAAGUGCCAAUAUGAACGGUCUCCUGGACAGUGACAGCGAUUCCCUUAGCAGCUGUCAACACAGAGUGAAGGCACGACUGCAUGAAAUCAUGCAGAAGGAUGCUGAGUUCUGUGAAGAGGACUAUGAAAAGCUAGCACCUACAGGCAGUGCUUCUCUGCUUAACUCCAUGACAUUUAUCCAGAACCCAGUAGAGAUCUGUAACCAGGUGUUCACCCUGAUUGAGAAUCUUACCUCCCAGAUACAAAAACGUCUGGAAGACCCAAAAUCUGCAGACCUACAGCUGUACCACAGUGAGACUUUAGAAUUGAUGCUGCAACGCUGGAGUAAGCUGGAGCGAGAUUUCCGCAUGAAGAAUGGGCGUUAUGACAUCAGCAAGAUCCCUGAUAUCUAUGAUUGCAUCAAGUAUGAUGUACAGCACAACUGUGCACUGAAACUGGAAGGCACAGCUGAACUGUUCAAACUCUCCAAAGCCCUGGCAGAUGUGAUCAUACCCCAGGAAUAUGGGAUUAAUAAGGAGGAGAAACUGGAGAUUGCUAUUGGCUUUUGUCUUCCUCUCAUUAAAAAGAUCCAGUUGGACCUACAGAGAACCCAUGAAGAUGAGUCUGUCAACAAACUACAUCCCUUGUACUCAAGAGGAGUUCUGUCACCAGGUCGCCACGUUCGGACACGGCUCUACUUCACCAGUGAGAGCCAUGUGCACUCUCUGCUCAGUAUCUUCCGCUAUGGCGGGCUCCUGGAUGAAAACAAAGACCAGCAGUGGAAGAGAGCCAUGGACUAUUUGAGUGCUAUCUCAGAGCUGAACUACAUGACCCAGAUUGUUAUCAUGCUCUACGAGGACAACAACAAGGACCCAUCUUCAGAAGAGCGUUUCCAUGUGGAGCUGCAUUUCAGCCCUGGCGUGAAAGGCUGUGAGGAAGACAGGAACGUGCCCACAGGGUUUGGCUUUCGGCCUGCCUCUGCAGAGAAUGAAGACAAGAAAGCAGACCAAGGUAGCCUGGAGGACCUCUCGAAAGAAAAGGGCAUCAAUGAGCCGGAUCAUGCACAGCAAAGGUCUCCACAGCCUUCUGAGCCGGUCAGCAUUCAGCGAAGAUCACCACUGAUCAGGAACCGGAAGACAGGGUCCAUGGAGGUGCUGUCAGAAUCUUCUUCUAAAUCAGGAGGUUAUCGCCUCUUCAGCACUUAUUCCAGGCAGUCUUCUGAGAUGAAGCAAAGUGGCUUAGGGUCACAAUGCACCGGCCUGUUUAGCACCACUGUGCUGGGAGGCUCCUCCAGUGCCCCCAACCUCCAGGACUACGCACGCAGCCAUGGCAAAAAGUUUGCCAGCAGCCUGACAUACAAAGACGAUGCAUUUGAGCACCACCACGUUGCCCAGUUGCUGCGCCGUUUUUCCUCUGACUGUGCCACGAGCCGGAACAUCUCCCUGGAUGCCACUCUAGCCCAUCACCUCCAGCAGUGCUCCUACCACCUGCGCCUCUUCAGGAGCUGGCUGAUCUCAGGGCAGGAUGACUUGGAGUGUCUUUACGGUUUUGAAGGCUGUUCCAUGGUUCCCACCAUUUAUCCCCUGGAGACCCUGCACAACUCCCUCUCUUUGCGACAGGUCAACGAGUUCCUGACAGCUGUGUGCAGGAGUUGCAGCGAAUCACAUGUCCAGUCUACUGCAGCUUUAUUUGAUUCAAUGAUUGGCAGCCAGAUACCAGGAGACCCUUUUAUGUCCCAGCGAAUCCUGUCAUCAUCCUCUUUGCCAUUGCGCCAGCGUUCGGAUAAGCCCCCUUGGUACAGCAGUGGCCCCUCCAGCACUGUCUCCAGUGCAGGCCCAUCCUCCCCAACCUCUGUGGACAAUGGCGCUCGUUUCAGCUUCACUGAGAAACUUUCCAUCAGUCCCCCAAAAAGUGAGGAGCAGCUGUCUAGCCAGUUCCCUGAGCAAGGAGAGAGACACCCUCCAGGCAGAGGGCUUGACGUGGAGGUGGGGAUGUCUGGGCUGUUGGUGGCGGAGCCAAGUGCCUCAGACACCCUGACCUGGCAUAAGGGCCCAGAGUCAGGUAUGGUCCUGGAGCUGUGCAAGAAGGAGCUGGCAGUGGAGGACCUUAACCCAGAGGAGAAGAGCAUGGUGGAGCUGGAUGAAGAAGAAUCAUCUGGGGAAAUGUUAGAGCCAAGUAACACAGGGAACCCAGACUGUGGUGCAGUGUCUGAUAUAAGGCUAGCUGCGGAGAGGGUGAAGCCAGGUGCGGAGUAUACAGCAGAAAUGACUGGCCUGGAUCAGUCAGGGCUGUCCAAGGAGAUCUUGGUGCCCUGUGAAGAGGAGCUGCUGGGAGAGGUGUUGGACCCAGAACAUACGGGCAAGGAGCUGGUGGGGGACAGUGCUCUGUCAGGCCAGCUUCUGUCUGGUCACCCAUGCCAGGUGCAGCCUCUGCCUCCUGAGAAAAGCGCGGAGGAGCUGCAGCUGCUGUGUCAGGAGGAUCAGCAGAAUUAG